AUGGCGGACAGGAGCAGGCAGAGUGUAUCUUCAAUGCUCGAGUCCCUUCUGUUAACUCAGGAGGGGUCACUGACGGCCAGCAGCUUCAGAGCGGUAAUGAGGCAGGUGAGGUGGUGCGAGGCACCACUUGCUGCAGGCCUUUUAUAUUGUAUACAGAGUGCAGAUGUAGAUGGAUUGUUAUUAAACAACAUACAGGAUGCCAAGUCUUGCUCUGUAUUUAGGAAAGCAAGGUCAGAGGCUCUAGCCGCCAACGAUCUAGACAAUGAUCCACUGAUUGAUCUAAUGAAAAUGGCAAUGUUGCAAGCUGGGGAUCAAGAUCAAAUUUUAGACAAUGUUCUCCCUGCUAGUGAAUUUAUAAGUAAUUCACACACAUCAGCAAGUAUUGGUUUUUGGCUACUGCACUACAAACAGUUCCUUAUUAACAAUAAUCAGUGGCCAAUAUGUAGUCGUGUAGUAACAGAUUUUAGUUGGGCUAUAAUAAAUGCAGUUUUAAUACAGUGGAAUUGCAUGAGUAUGGUACCAUAUUUAUUAGUUUGUCAUGAGAUAGUCAACAUUGUUAAGGACAUUCAUCUUGCUUUAUUCACUGUCAUUCCUUCUAAGAAAAAACAUAUUAAGGAAUUAGUAAUGCAAGUUAUGUGCUCAAUUAUAAAUUGUUCUAGUUACAAAAUUAUAAAAUCGACAAUAAAACAUGUACUUAUUGUGUUACUAAGCAAAAAUAUGACACUCGAAGUUAGAAAAUCGUUAGUUGGUUUGUCUAAAGUAUGUGACCCCUUACCAUCUGUCGGAGACAAUGACUUUGAAGAAACUGAUGAUGCUGACAUAAAUGAGUCUACUUCUGAUGCAAUAUAUCAACAGAGUCCUUUUUACAAAGACAUGAAAGCAAUUGAAACUGAAGUUCAUACAUUGCUGAACAUCAAAGAGCUACCAAAAGAAGAUGAGCCUAAAGUUUUUGAAAACUUAGACAGUUCAGAUUCCAAUAAAAAUAUGAAUAGUGAUGAUUCUACUACUCAUGAUAGUGCAUCUAGGACAGAAAACAUAUAUUACAAUUCUAAAAUGGCAAAUUUAAUUAUUAAUAAAUAUUCACCGUAUUUGCCCUUAUGGUCUGGUUUGUUACUUCACACAUCUACAGAGAAUGUUUGUUCAGAAAGAAUGAGCAACGGUCCUGUAGAGAAUUGGUUUUUUCAACUAAAGCACAUUAUUCUGGCAGGGAACAAACGGCUAAGACCAAAUAGAUUUAUUCGCAUGGUUAGGGAAUAUGUUAUGUCAAUUUAUAAAGAAACUAUUAUGGACAUACCCAAAGAAGGAUGUGCACGUGGUAAACGGAAACAUAACAGUGACAAGAGAGACCCAGAAUUGAAAAAGAAACAAAAAUUGAAAAGCGAAUCUGCUCUUAUAUCAGGCACUAAUUCAAAUGUCAUAGAUUGUCCUGAGAACAUGGAUAUUGUUGAGGAAACAUGGCAAAGACGAGAAAGAAGACCAAAAACAUUCUUUAACUCACAAUAUAUUCAGCGAAUAUACCAGCAAGAGGUUGUCAUGUCUCAGUCACAAAUAGACAUAAUUAAGAACAAAGUUCUGCCAAAUGGUUUAAUCGAUGAUCUUAAUUUCUAUGUGUCUUUGAGUAAUGGAGUCAACUACGCUGUUUGUAUCUUGAAAGGUCCAAUAAGUAAACAUUAUUUAUACUUAGAAGAUAUGCUAAUAUUACAAUCAAACAAAUGGAUUACUUCAGAUCUAAUUGUAGGUGUUAGUUUUAUGCUUCAGAUUGCUUACCCACAUACAAACAGCGUAGUGUUUCAUGACAAUGUUAGUACUAACGUUCUUGAGAAAGGCAAAAAUUUGGAUAGAGACCACUUUGCUUUACAAAACUCUAUAAUUACAGAGAAUACAACUAAAUUGUUUUUUCCCGUUAACAUUAGUGGUGUUCACUGGGUACUUGUUUAUGCUAAUGUAAAAGAGAAAACAUUUUCAUACAUAGAUCCUAUGGAUGAUACUGAAAAUGUAACAUUAGGCUUAAAGACUGUAGAAAAAAGAACAUUUGAUAGAUUCAUUAAAUUUUUUGCACAUUUAACAGAACAAAACGUGGAUAAUGUAAACAAGGGAUGGAGAUUUGUCCAGUAUACUCAUCCAGUACAACACGAUGGAUAUAGCUGUGGCGCAUUUGUUAUGUAUUUUAUAGAGCAGUUAAUGACCAACGAUAGCAUUUCUGUUCAAUCUUUUUCUCCAAACCGCUACAGAGCUUACCUUUACAAGAAAUUGUUGCUCCACUCGGAAAGCAUGAUAAAUAUAUGCUUGCAAUGUAAAAUGGAAUUCACUUCCAUAAUACCACAUGAUAAGGAAAGUGAAAGUGUUGAAUGCACUGCAUGUUCAAGAUGGUAUCACAUAUUACGACCAGGUUGUUUGCCUGAUGAUGUACCAAAAGAUAGUAAUAUUUUAAAUAAAUCAGACGUGAGAGUUUUCUGUGCCCUGUGUAGACAAUACUGGAAAACUUACUUACAAAAAUAAUACAUUGCUUGAAAUUAGAAGGUAUUAGUUAGUACCAACUUGUAAAAGUUGCUUCUUAAUAGCGUGAAAUCAUGUGACCAAUAAUGUCAAGUUAGCGCCUACAUGUAAUGGCUGCUCCUUGAUUGCAUGAAAUCAUC